GUUACCCAAAAAAAUCAUGCAUGUUACCAAGUGAAUUUUGCAACAACCGAUACAUAAAGGUCAAAAAUAUCUUUCUAAAAAAUUUGAUUCUCUUUUGAUAGACAUAAAGCCGAUACAAUCGGCUUCAAUCACAUUUUUUUCGAAGCUUUUAACACCACUAUAUUUACCUUCCUUCACUAGGGUUUUUUACUCACCACACAUAUCGGCUUCUUCACUUUUUUUUACCCACCGAGAGAGUUCAAAAUAUUGAAGCACGUCGUACUCAUCAAUGGCAUCUUCUUCACAGGCGAAUGUCCCAUAUCUUCGUCGCGACACUAUAGACCAGACGGAGGUUGCUAUCAGCACCUACUAUAGGGAUUCACAUUUUCCGGAGCUGGUUGAAACUUUAAAUGUGGUCGGCGAACAGUGCAAUUCAGAUUUAUUGGGAAGAUUUAGAGCAUCAUGUUUUGGGCAUUUCACUGAUUGGAGGCCCGGCGCGAAGAGCAAUAAAGCAUUACACCAGAUUGUAUCGAGGCAGAUUGUGUCAGAAGAAAAUGAGAUGUGCUUCUUUCUGUGCGGAGCACGAGUCAGAUUUUCCCCUGCGGACUACGCAUUAGUGACUGGGCUCAAUUUCGGGGGAUCGAGGUUCGAUGCGACAUUACAGCACGACUGCAGUCGCGUGGAGGCAUACCGACGAUUCUGCGGUACGCGAAGCAUGACCAUACAGUCGCUCAUCAAACGCGUGUGCGAUUUGGAUCGUCGAGUGGAUGAUGAGGAUGUGAGCCUGUACCUUCGUGCUGUCCUCGUGUGUGUGGCUCACACCCUUGUUCUUGGGUUGGAUGCGCGGGUACAACCGUGGCUUUGGGUUUUGGUGGAUGAUCUGGCUGCGUUUGAUAGAUUCCCCUGGGGCGCGUAUUCGUAUAAGAUGUUAUGCCAUUAUACGACAGAUGUAGGAACCGGCGAGAAAUAUCACUUCUACGGUCCUUCGUGGGCUUUAUAUGUCUGGGCAUUGGAGCGCGUCCCGGGCUUCAGACACAUGGUCGCAGCAUCUAGCGGUGAUCCGACAGCGCACCCUCGGUGUUUGAGAUGGACUUUCAGGGGUAAGCCGAAGCUUCACGGUCUGCGCGAUCUAUUCGAGGGACAGGGUGGUGUCAUGCCCCUGGAGCCCGAUGCUGACGAUCUGUCGAGUCACUACUUCAUAUCAGCGCUGACACCGGGCGAACUCUCGGUGAGCUUCAGGCCCCCCGACAACCCAUUAGCUCGGGGUGUCCAAUUUCCACAGGGCACCGAAGCCCGUGUUGUGGAGGAGCGCGGGGACGAGGAGGAUGUACCUAGACAGCCUCGUACGACUCGCAGUCACAGUGUCCGGGGCCCUGUGAGGGAUGCUCGACAGCACGAGCCGGCUCGUCAUUCAGUAGAUCCGGGCAAGCGCCCUGUGAGGGAUGCUCGACCCCACGAGCCGGCUCGUCAUUCAGUAGAUCCGGGCAAGCGCCCAGCGCCGCAUACUUCUUCAUCGUCGAGCAGAUCUCGGACUGUAUCCAGUCCCAGCGAGGGUGAGGUGGAUCGUAAGUGGGUGAAGAAGACGAUCCGUCAGGAGAUUAAGAAGGCCUUCGGCAAAUUCGUGGAGAAAUUGAAGAGCAAGGGCAAAAAGGAUAGGUGCAAGAAGAGCAAACAUUUCCGAGUGCCCGACUCCCCUGAUGAUGAUGACCAGCGACGGUCCCCUGAUGAUUACCAGCCACGGUCUCCUCCACAGCGACGGUCUCCUCCACCCAGUGCUUCAGGGCCCGACGCUUCAGGGCCAAGCGUUUCACGUUCCUGCGACGACGACCCCCGCGGUGAGGAACCACGCCAUCCAGAGACCCAGGAUUACAACGAGCAGUGGCGGGCCAUGAAUCAGUCUGUUCAGGGCGACUACACACCGGCGGAGCAGACUUUUGACUGGUCGACCCAGGUCUACCCUCAUUGGUCUUCCCCAUUCCUGAAGCCGCAGUAUAGAACAGAGACCCCGAUAUUCUUUGCUGAACCGCUCACUUCUAUUGCACCACAUGAGUGGGGACAGUCCAGUUCGGCAGGACAGGCUCAGACGGAGGAGCCUGAGCCACAGGCAGAGCAGCCACAGGUACUGCUGCUGCUGCAGCACCUAGAGCAGCCGCCGGCAGAGCAGCAGCCGCCAGCAGAGCCCCCGCGUCGCACGAUCGCCUUGGGUUAA